AUGAGGAUCUCAUCUCUUGCCUUGCUUUUUCAGCUCUGCACCACGGCGUUCGCCGCGGACGCUGCCGCGUGGAAGGCUCGCAGUAUCUACUUUGCGUUGACAGACCGCGUUGCUCGGAACAGCGACGACACCGGCGGCAGCGCGUGUGGCGACCUCGGCAACUAUUGCGGGGGGACUUUCCAGGGACUCCAAUCGAAACUCGACUAUAUCAAAGACCUCGGUUUCGACUCCAUUUGGAUCACGCCCGUGGUUGCAAACACCGAAGGGGGCUAUCACGGGUAUUGGGCCCAGGACCUAUAUACGAUCAAUCCGAAGCUUGGCACCGCAGAUGACUUGAAGAGCCUUGUUAGCGCGGCUCACGAAAAGGGCAUGUACAUCAUGGUCGAUGUCGUCGCCAACCACAUGGGCCCGGCCGAUGUGACUGCCAAUAAGCCCACCCUGCUAAGUCAGACAUCCUCGUACCACACGUCCUGCAAAAUCGACUACUCGAACCAGGAUAGCGUCGAGCGAUGCUGGGUCGCCGAUGUCCUGCCAGAUAUCAACACGGAAGACUCCGAGAUUCGAGAUGUUAUGCAGUCAUGGAUCACUUGGCUCGUCUCUGAGUUCAAGUUCGAUGGAGUACGUAUCGACACGGUCAAGCAUGUCGAAAAGGACUUUUGGACAGGAUUUUCCUCCGCUGCUGGCGUUUAUACGAUCGGCGAGGUCUUUGACGGUGACCCGGACUAUCUCUCCGGCUACGCUGGGCUCAUGUCUGGCCUGCUGAACUACGCCGUCUACUAUCCGGUCAACAACUUCUACCAGCAGAAGGGCUCGUCGCAAGACAUUGUCGACAUGCACAACAGUGUCAGCCAAAAGUUCCCCGACCCUGCGGCGUUGGGUACGUUCCUCGACAACCACGAUAACCCGCGCUGGCUGAACGAGAAGAAUGACCCCGUCCUAUUGCGGAACGCGCUCACAUACGUGCUCCUCGCGCGUGGUGUGCCCAUCCUCUACUACGGCACCGAGCAGGGCUACACAGGCGGUGCAGACCCAGCUAACCGGGAAGACCUCUGGCGCAGCGGGUUCGCCACUGAUGGCGCACUCUACAAGUUUAUCGCUGCGGUGGCCGGCGUACGCAAGGCCGCCGGCGGCCUGCCGGAAGAUGACCAUGUCCAUUUGUACACCGCGGACGCGGCGUACGCGUGGAGCCGUGCCGGCGGUAAGGUCAUCGCGCUGACUUCAAACGGCGGCAGCAGCCAGUCGCAGCAAUAUUGCUUCGAUGCACAGAAGCAGAACGGGUCGUGGAAGGGGGCGCUGGACGGCAAAACGUACUCAUCGGAUGGGAACGGACAACUGUGUGCGGAUAUCACUAAUGGGGAGCCGAUUGUCCUCGUUUCUGAGUGA